AUGGCACGGCAGCACUCCGAGGCACGGCAGCAGCUGUCGGUGGUCCUGGGCAGGUUGCGUGGAUACUUCCAGCCCUGGCUGCUGGGUUGGUGGCCAAUGAGCAGCUACCCUUUGCUAUCACCGGAAGAUCCCUACUUCAUGCAAGCCGAAAUCCGCCUGCGAGUGAUGAUGUCGCAGCUGGAUGCUCUCCGGGCGCAGGAGCAGCAGCCCUCGGUCUACAAGCUCAUGCAGGACUCGGAGCCCAAUUCAAAGCUCAUCUCUUGGCAGGCGCUGGCGGACUUGUUGGUGGUGCAUCACCCAGGGACGGCGACAGGCAGGCCCCGAAACCCAGCUCCGAAGACCAUUCUGGAGCCGGUGGCCAAAGGCAUUGUGCCCCUUGCACCCCACUUUGGCCGCGAUGCGAGGCAAAGGGCCUGGCUGCUUCCCUUCAGUGGCUGUGGUGACACCGCGGGUGGACCCAUUCCAUGGAGUUAUGACUCCGGCAGUGAGAGCGCAGUGAGUUUCGGCACACCAGCGACUGGUGACGGAGCUCGGCCCUGGGCGCCGGCAGUAUCCAUCGGGUUCGCACCGUUUGUUCCGAGCGGGGCCGACGCGCCCCGGGCCCCGCCCGGCGACCGAGAGAGUCAGAGAGAUCAGGCCUUUGGGAGUGGUGAUCAGGCAAUCCUGGAUGCACCCGAAGGAAUGCCGCCCCGUCCGAAGCCACACCUGUCGGAACUCGGGAAGGGGCUCAUGUGCGGGCUGGUGGAGCUGGAAGAUGAGGACAGCCUGGUCGUUUUGCUACACCUGGUUAUCCCAGCAGCCAGUGUCACUGAUGAGUCUGUAAGCUUGCUGCAGAUAAACCCGACGGAUGCCUUGGUGACAGAUCACACUGACGAUACCUCCGUGAAUGAAGCCAUUGAAAGGCUGGCGGCACAGGUGCCAAUCAAGCCACCGGGCAUUGUGGGAGUUGUGUCGUACGAAGAUGAAGAUGGCCGGGAGGAGCACCGGAUGUUUGCGCCGCCUGCGCCGAGCUCAUGGGCCGACCCAAUGCCAUUGCUGGUUUUGAUCCUGCUGGCUCUCAGCCCGAUUGCGUACUACGAUUUUCCAGCGUUUUUGGUCGUCACGUCCUACUUGGCCGCCCUCACAUUCGUCCAGGUUCGGUUGCAAGAAGUGAUGGAUGUGGGCUACCCACAUCCAAACACCAUCUUGGCCAUGCACAUGCUCGCGUUGUGCUCGGUGACCAGUCUCUUCGCGAAGCCCCGGAAGGAGGAUGCCUUGCAGGUGCUGCCCAUCUCCAUGUUGAACGGGCUCUCACUCCUCACCAACAGCUCAGCCUUCUUGUUUGGAUCAGUUGCCUUUGUUUCAAUGAUUGCAGCCAAUGUGCCAAUCGUGACCUUGGGCCUUGAGCAGAUCAAAGAGAAGCCUGGUUGCAACUUUGCAUGGCUCUUCUUCGUCGGAUUGGUUUGCGCCGGCAGUGCGUGCUGCAUCCAGGGCCCAGUCCAUGUCUCCCUGGCGGCCUUCAUUUUAGCUACGUUCAGUACCGUGCUACGAGCAGCACGAUGCCUGUGGCAGCAUGAGUUGGUCUCCAGACAUUCUCCCUUGCAUUUGGCUUUUUGGAAUGGCUUUUGGUCUGGCAGCAUCUCAUUGUUGAUGAUGCUGCUCAGUGAAGGCUUGGCAGGUUGGAGGAGCCUUUCAACGCUCAGUGCCGAAGCGCAGCUCCGGCUUUGGGGUUCCAUUUUGUCCACCGUUUGUCUCUACAUCGCCCAGUGGUUUGCGAUGAAGGCUUUGGGGCCAUUGAUGGCCAGCAUUAUUGGCAACUUGAAUUUGCUCGUCGUCAUUGCUCUAUCAAAUGAACGGCUGCACGAGCAAUUCACUUGGGAGUUUCUGGGAGCGACGCUUUUGGCAUCAGGCACAUUUGCGAGCAGCAUGUGCAGCGCUUUGCGCCCAGUGAAGGACGCGACGACGUGA